CUCCUGCGGUCAGCAGCUCUUAGACCUGCGUUCCUUGUUCGUUCGCUUCGGUCUUCCUCCUCACCAUGACUUCCUAUAGCUAUCGUCAGUCCUCAGCCAUGUCCUCCUUUGGGGGCACAGGUGGGGGUUCCGUGCGUUUUGGGUCAGGGGGUGUUUUCCGCGCACCCAGCAUCCAUGGGGGCUCAGGCGGCCGCGGCGUGUCCGUGUCCUCCACCCGCUUCGUGACCUCGUCCUCCGGGAGCUAUGGCGGAGGCCGCGGUGGAAGUUUUAGUGGGACCCUGGCUGUGUCCGAUGGGCUGCUGGCUGGCAACGAGAAGAUCACCAUGCAGAACCUUAACGAUCGCCUCGCCUCCUACUUGGACAAGGUGCGCGCCCUGGAGCAAGCCAAUGGCGAGCUGGAGGUGAAGAUCCGCGACUGGUACCAGAAGCAGGGACCCGGGCCCUCCCGGGAUUACAAUCACUACUUUAAGACCAUCGAGGACUUGCGCAACAAGAUUCUGGAUGCCACCAUUGACAACUCCAAGAUUGUCCUACAGAUUGACAAUGCCCGCCUGGCUGCAGAUGACUUCCGAACCAAGUUUGAGACGGAACAGGCCUUGCGUCUGAGCGUGGAGGCUGACAUCAACGGCCUGCGCCGGGUGCUGGAUGAGCUGACCCUGGCCAGGACUGACCUGGAGAUGCAGAUUGAGAGCCUGAAAGAGGAGCUGGCUUACCUGAAGAAGAACCAUGAGGAGGAAAUUAGUGCCCUGAGGAGCCAGGUGGGUGGCCAGGUCAGCGUGGAGGUGGAUUCCACUCCAGGCGUCGACCUAGCCAAGAUCCUGAGUGAGAUGCGAAGUCAGUAUGAGAUCAUGGCUGAGAAGAACCGGAAGGAUGCUGAAGCCUGGUACACCACUCGGAUCGAGGAGCUGAACACUCAGGUCGCUGUCCACACUGAGCAGAUCCAGAUAAACAAGACUGAAGUCACGGACCUUCGACGUACCCUCCAGGGCCAUGAGAUUGAGCUGCAGUCCCAGCUCAGCAUGAAAGCUGCCCUGGAAGGCACGCUGGCAGAGACAGAGGCGCGUUAUGGAGCCCAGCUGUCACAGAUCCAGGGCGUGAUCAGCAGUAUCGAAGCCCAGCUGAGUGAUGUGCGAGCUGACACAGAGCGCCAGAACCAGGAGUAUAAGCAGCUCAUGGACAUCAAGUCGAGGCUGGAGCAGGAGAUCGCUACCUACCGCAGCCUGCUUGAGGGCCAGGAAGCCCAUUACAACAAUCUGCCCACCCCCAAGGCCAUCUGAGCUGAUCCUGGGCCCCUGCCCUGCUACCAGUGAGACUCCCUCGGGGAGGGGUAUGACUGGAGUGAUAAAGUUUACUCCAGUCCUUCCGUCGACUUGUCAAUAAAACUAUCCUCCAAGGGAAAA